AUGAGCGAAGAUAACCCAUUGAUGGCCUUACUUCAAAAGAAUCCAGUUGAAACCGACCUGGAUAAGCAUUUCAAGCAGUCCGAAGCUGCUAAAAACAGUCCAACAAAGACUGCUGGUCCAGUGCUUGUUCUGGAUGAUACUGAUGAUUCAGAAGAUGCCCCAAUUGGAUUGACACAUCGUCAGCCCUCAUUUUCAAGUUUGCAUGGCAAUCAAAUUGUCAUGAAAGGUGGCAACGCAAUUUCAAAUCUCAAUGAAGUUUCAGAAUUGGACGAAGAAAAUCUUACUAAACCGGAGAAAAAAGAGGAGGACGAUAUGCCAAUCGGCUUAAAUGUUCGACAUUCAUCAUAUGCUGUACUAUCUCUCGAAAAUUCAAUUCCAAAAGGAGAAUCUGUCGCGAAAAAAAUCAGUAAUAUUGUUCCGAUAUCCGAAAUUAAAGAGGAAGAUUCGCUCAUCCUUCCUGUCAAUGAUCAAUCGGAUCCACAAAACGAGGACGAAGAGGCAGAAGAAGAUUAUAAUCCUCAAGUCAUCAUGGUCAAGCAAUUAAAGGCUAAAAAUACUGGAAGAUGGAAAGAGAUGGGAUACGAACCUCCGAAAGAUCUCAUUCCUCUCGUUAGAGCCGCAUCCCAAUCUAUUAUGGCUGUCUCCUCUUUAACUCAAGAACAACCACAUCCAACGCUUUCUUACAUAGCAGAGAAGCUUCCUGAUCCAAUACCAGCGAUAAGCGAGGAACCUUCUCCUUCAAAUACAAAGAAAGACAUCCAAAGACAUCAGACAAGGCCAAGAUCAGGAAGCUUCGGCAUGAAGCUUGGCGAGGCUUCAGAAUCUCAGCAUUUACUCGAAAAUAUCAUCUCUACGAUACCAAAGCGAAAUGAGAAUCAAAAUUCUCAAAAACUCGAGAAAAUUGAGGACGAAGAGAUACCAGAAGAGGUCGUAGAGGAGGACGAAGCCCAUGAAGAAGAGUCUGGUGUUGAUUCUGACCAAUUAAUUGAACAAGAAGAGGAAGAGAUCGUAGAAGUUGACGAAGAAUCAUCAGAAUCCAUUCCAGAUGCAGUUGUUGAUGAAAUUACAGAAGCGUUGUUCGGAAGAUUAGACAAAAUCGUUGUAGAAGACGAAGAUUCUCCAGUUUUUCAAGCAUUACAGAACGGAUACGUCGAGAACGAAGAGGAUAUUCCAGAAGUCAAGAAAGCACUACAGAAAUAUCUCAAAAUUACAAAGGGAAACAACUGGUACGAUGAAGCCAAAUUUAUCCUAUCAAUUCUAUCGAAUAUACCAGAAAUAACAUCACAUCGCGAAAACGAAGUCGAUAAAAUACAACUCGAAAUACAGAAAACCUUCGAAGAGAAGGAAAAGUCGAUUGAUGAAUUAUUUGACCUUCUUGAUUCAUCGAUCAACGCUCUCGAUGACGAGUACCUCGAGGAAGCCCAUAAAUUAGAUGUGUUAUGGCAGAACCCCAAGACCUUGGCGAAAUAUAACAAACCAAGUAGCGAUUUGAUCAAUCUCCGCAGCCGUCUUCACUCGGCGAUCAUAAAUUCACAGACUAGGGACGUCAAGAUCCUCCAGAAACAUGUCGAAGAUAUCGAAAGAAAAGAAACUAAAGUCAAAAACACCGAAAUCAGCAAAGCUUACUUCAGAGCGGACCAGCAGCUGAAGGAGAAGUUCGUUCAAAAGAGAGUUGCUGUAACAAAGAAAUCCCAAGAACAGAUUGAUAGAAUGGAACAAGAAUAUGAAAAGAAAGUAGAACUGUUGAAGGCCCAGUUGUCUUACGCUAAGUUUGGUCGAUAUUGA